GUCCCUGUCGACAAGAAAAAUAUGAUCGCGCAGCGUUUCUAUUUCGGCACGUACCCCGACCAAGAGAAAGGCGGACAUACAAAGGGGUGAAGAAAACGAUGUAACUCAACGGUAUUGUUGUACCGCAAACACUUUUUGCUAGAAUUAAAGUAUUAUUUAUAAGAACAUGAAAUAGCCGUUGUUAGUUCGAAGUGGGUGGUGCUGGCAGGCUACUGUACAGCAGUUGCAACGAGACGAGGUGCAGUGCACACCUCCCCCACAAGUCUAGCCGCUGUCACUUCCAUUUCACCGGUGUGUUUUGGUUCGAUAGGCGGUGCGCGCUGACAAUUUGUCAAUCCGUUGUCGACACUAAAUAGACGGGUUGUGAUCGAUGGCGAAACCAGAACCAGCCCAGCAACAUGUGGAGGAGAAAGCGGAGCAGAUUGACGACGCAGAGUUGGCAUUUAAAGGAAUAAACAUGCUGCUCAACAACGGAUUCAAGGAGAGCGACGAUCUGUUCAGAAAAUACAGGACCCACAGUCCACUGAUGAGUUUCGGAGCCAGUUUUGUCAGCUUUCUGAAUGCCAUGAUGACGUUUGAGGAGGAGAAGAUGCAGAUGGCCUUUGAUGACCUCCGAGCCACUGAGAGACUGUGUGAGAGCGACAACACUGGGGUCAUAGAGACCAUCAAAAAAAAGAUCAGGAGGAGUGACUCCCAGAGGUCAGGGGUGGCAAUAGUAGACCGUCUCCAGAGACAGAUCAUUGUGGCAGACUGCCAGGUGUACCUCGCUGUCCUCUCUUUCAUCAAACAGGAACUCUCAUCAUACAUCAGAGGAGGCUGGAUCCUCCGCAAAGCCUGGAAGAUGUACAACAAGUGUUAUAGCGACAUCAGCCAGCUGCAGGAUUGCAGCAAGAGGAGGUCCUCCGACCAGCAAGGGUCUCCCUCUCCAUCCACUGAACAGGCCAACCGCAACUACGCCACGCCCCCAACCCAGAUGACCAAUGGGGUGAGCCCGGAGGCCCUGGAGAGGCUCAAGGGCUCGGUCAGUUUUGGCUACGGCCUGUUCCACCUGUGCAUCUCCAUGGUACCGCCACACCUGCUGAAGAUCGUCAACCUUCUGGGUUUCCCUGGCGACCGCCACCAGGGGCUGUCCGCCCUUACGUAUGCCAGUGAAAGUAAGGACAUGAAGGCCCCCCUAGCUACGUUGGCCCUCUUGUGGUACUAUACGGUAGUGCAACCCUUUUUUGCCCUGGACGGCUCAGACACACAGGCCGGCCUGAUGGAGGCUAAGGCUAUCCUCCAGAGGAAGGAGCCUGUAUACCCUAACUCCUCCCUCUUCUUGUUCUUCAAGGGCAGGGUGCAGCGCCUGGAGUGCCAGAUCAACAGUGCCUUGAUGUCCUUCCAAAAUGCCUUGGAGCUGGCUACAGACCAGAGGGAGAUCCAGCAUGUGUGUUUGUAUGAAAUAGGGUGGUGCAGUAUGAUCGAGCUGAGGUACAGUGACGCCUACAGGGCCUUUCAGCGUCUGGCAACUGAGUCACGCUGGUCCCAGUGCUACUACGCCUACCUAACUGGAGUGUCCCAGGGAGCAUCAGGAGAUCUGGAGGGGGCUGCCACUGUCUUCAAGGAUGUGCAUACGCUUCUGAAACGGAAGAACAAUCAGAUAGAACAGUUCUCUAUGAAGAGGGCGGAGAGGCUAAGGAAACACUCCCCAUCCAGAGAGCUGUGUGUCCUGGCUGUGAUCGAGGUACUUUACCUGUGGAAGGCUCUGCCGAACUGCUGCACCUCUAAGCUACAGAUCAUGAGCCAAGUUCUGCAGGAACUAGAUGACGUCUCAAUUGCUGGCCUGAAAAACCUGCUUCUUGGUGACAUACACAGAUGUCUCGGCAACAUAAAAGACGCCAUUGAGUGCUUCCAUCUGGCUGCUGGAGAUGAGGUGGGUCGUCAGAACAACUCCUAUGUGCAGCCCUACUCCUGCUACGAGUUGGGCUGUGUUUUACUGGACAGCCCUGAGUCUGAAGCGAAGGGCAGAGCUCUGAUGCUUCAGGCCAAGGAUGACUUUGCUGGCUAUGACUUUGAGAACAGGCUCCAUGUACGCAUCCACUCAGCUCUGGCUUCCAUGAGGAAGGAGGUGGCCCCACCUUGACUACUGCCCCAUUCCUCCACCAUACAUCCACCCUAGCUCUGCGUUGAGGGUAGAAGGAUCUGGAAACAACUCCAGAAGCCAUCUUGAUCUUCACUGUGAUGGUUCACUGCAAUGUGUUUGUUUCAGUUGACUUGUGUUUGUAUAAUGAAUGUGCCAUCAAGUUUGUAAUGCGUAGUUUACAGUAAAUCUCCUGGAGGGAUAGUGCAGACUACUGGAGUGUAAUUGUGUGUUUCAACCAGAUCAAAUAUGUACAGUAGUUGCUGCUGGGAGGCAAAUGUAACUCUUUUUACCAAGGAAAAAUAUAUUGGGGAAAAUCUGUCAGUGAGACAACAGGUAGUCUAAUGGUUAAGAGUGUUAGGCCAGUAACUGAAAGGUUGCUGGUUCAAAUCCCUGAGCCGACUAGGUGAAACAUCUGUCGACAUGUGAAUAGUACAAUAAUAUCUUUCUCCCAUAAGAUAUGAAAGGGUUCUGAUUGAAAACUGUGUAUGCCACUUCAUUAUAAAGCAGUGAACUUGUGCCAUAGAAACCCUACUGUCUAGGUUUCUGCCAGAUGACCUCAAAGUCCUGUUGCUCUUACAGUAGUAAACUAUCUGAAUGCACAAUCCCUAUGCUACUACUCAUCACCUGGCCAUUGUCACUGUAAAUUGACCUUAGGUUAUAGACAUUGUGAAUCCAUUAAAGAUGGUAAUAUAAGCAGAUUUCCUCAAACAUGUUACAACGUUGUUACUUAAAAAAAAAAAAAUGUUUUUACUGGUUUUAAUAACAAGUCUAUUGACAUUGAAAGGGAAAACCCCUAUUCAUAUCACUGUAAAUAUACUUUAAUACUAUAAAUAUGGUACUAGCUAAAUUACAUUGUCAUUUUGGCACUCACUUAUGUGUAUAACAUCUACACUCUGCUGUACUUGUAUUUGCUGGAGACUGGUUUUCCUUUGUUGCUGUGUUUUUUUGUUAUGUUUAAGAUCAUGUGUUAAAACAAUACAUCUCUUAAA